ACGCGCUUCCCUCGCGUUACACGUGUCGCGCGAGCCAGCACUCGAGACCUUUGGACACGUAGCCUGGCACUCUGACCCCGGAGCCGAUUCGUUCGUCUCGUCGCAUGCAACCUACUCUGCCUUCCGAGUCAGCCAAGCUAAGCUCUUUUCAAGUUAGCGUGCCCGCUCCCAUUUGUCCAGCAGCGACCACGGUGUCAGGAUGUCCGCCAUCACGGUGGGCCAGUUUACGGACCUCUUUGUGGGCCCGUUCGACAUGGCGCACUACUCGGAUUCGUCCGGCGGGAAUCAGACGGACUCCGUGUAUCGUUCGCCCAAAGCUCGAGCUCCCGCGCAGCGACCACCGGCGCCAUACUUCUUCAUGCUGCAGGAGCGGGUGCCAGCCUGGGCUCUUGGAACGCCUCACGGCCGCGUCGCUUGCAUCUCGGUGUCGACGGAUUUCGGAGCGCCAUCGCCGGCUUGUAUGUGGACCUGCCAGGAGCCAAGACCCGAGUCGCCGCAAGAGCCUGCCAUUCCACGUCACGAGGGGGCUUUAGUGAAAAGCAAACGCUCCGACUCGCUGUGCCGCCUGGCGGUCGCUACCAUGGUUCUGGUCAAGGCCGCAGUCCCGCUGGUUGUCGUCUUCCCGAGUGUGCCUGGUCGGGUCAGGAACGACGCGGCGACCGUCAAGGCUGGAAACGUGGUGCUCCGGGAUGCAAAUUCCGUGGCCUGCAAAAGCAACCUGACGCCGUACACCGCGUGUUCCUCGACCCACGCGAGACCUGCUGCUGUCACAGGAGCCAGGGACGUUGGGAUGAUCACGCCGCCGGGAGAGGCGCGUCGUUGCAAGCACCGCGGAGGGACAGCCCAGGGCUGGAAGGCGGGCCCGUUGUCGUCGUCGUCGUCGUCGUUGUCGUCGUCGCAGUCAUCGUCGUCGUUGUCGUCGUGGCCCGAGACAACCGGCACCGUGUGGCAGACCUCGGAGUCCACAGGCUGCGAGGUGCCCUGCGAAUCACUGUUACGCAACGUCGGCGGCUUGACGACGCAGGGACGGCACACAGACCCGACGACUUCGGCACGCACGCGGAUAUCGGAGGACGCCGCUGCCACGGCGAGCUCGUCCACUUCGCAGGCACCGGAGGCGACGGUGGCAGCUUCCAGCUCCAUAGUGGCUUCCAGCGCCGGAAAGACCGAGUGCGAAGACACGGGCCGUAAAAGGGAUGGUGCCUGCCGGCAUAUCGCGGCCGGCGGUUCGCCGUAGACUGCUAGCCUCAGCGCGUCGUCCGUUCUCGGACGUCCAAGCUGGAGCGAAACUCCGGGAAGUCAUCUCCGAUGAGCAAGGCAUGGAAGCUGCUGGAACGUUUCAAGAAGGCUCGGGCCUGCAGUUUAGAGACCUCAGCGCGCGCAACGACGAAGCUUCCGAACCUCCUGGAGGAAAAUACGUGUACCAGGCCAUUCUUGUUGACGUGGAGCCUGGCAAUGCGGACGCAUUGUUGUCGGGACCACAUGGGCAUUAUUUCCGCCCAGACAACUUUCGUGUUCGGCCAGAGUGGCACUGGCAACAACUGGGCACAGGGUCACUGCACCGAAGUUGCUGAAUUUGGCAAAAUUUUUGUUAUUCGCAAUAUCUUUCCGUGAUGUGCCUAAAUAUAUAUUAUCGGUUUAUCUAGUGA